AUGGCAUUCCCCUUGCAUACUGCUGAGUUUGAUGGAACAAUGCUGCUAGCACACCUCGGCGUCGCCUUCGUUCUGGUCAGCUUUUGCGCAUGUCUGGACAGCAAUGUCAAUUCUACAGACGAUGUCUCUGACAUUCACAUCAGAUCCAAACGAUGUGCACCUUCCAACAAUGCUUACUUCUAUGCCAGGUUAACGCACAAUCUCAAAAAUCACCAUGGACGCGUUCCUUUUAAUCAAGUUAUUGUCAACAAAUUACGUCGUUACAAGCCUUCCAGCGGUGUCUUUGUAUGUCCUAGCUCAGGGUACUACGUAUUCACCUGGACAUUGAUGACCGACCACAAAGAGUGGGUUAUUUCUGACUUGAUCGUUGGCAGUUCUACAAAGGGGAAAUUAAUCGUUGACAGUGAUGAGGGAUUAGAAAGUGGAUCAACGACAGUCCUGGUAUAUGUCCGCCGAGGACAGCAUGUAUUCGUUCGAAUAACUGGUGGUAAUCGAAACAUCGAAUCUCGAGGGAGUGUACCGAGUUUUUCGGGUUGGAAACUGCCUUAGACGUGGAGAUUGAAACUCUCAACAAUAAAUGCCCCUUACUAAUAACAGUGAUUUUUCUUAAAUACUUUUUUUCUGAAGAUUUCAACUUCUUUUAUUUAAUAGGCAAAAUUUUAUUUGUAAAGUUUUCAUUUUAUUCUAUUUUCUGUUUUCGUUUAAAUAAAUUUUCAAAGUCAA